AUGGCCAUCGCACCCUCUUCAAGGGCUCCAAGCCCCACCUUGUCUGAGGAGGAAGCCCUUGAUCUCGCCGAUCCUCUCAGACAUCUUCGUGGCUCUGAUCAUCCCCACUCGCAGUCCAAAAGCUCUUCCGAUGAUGCUACCUUUCUGCCAGAACAGCCACACUCGAUACAGAACGAAACAAUAUCUUUGUCUUUCCCGGCUGGCUCAGGCAAAACUAUAUCUAAUGGCGAGCCAUCACGGCCCAUUUCCAUCAAACUUGCUGUGGAUGCGAGUCCCGGGUGUGGCGGCAUCGCCUGGCCUGCUGGGGAGGUUCUCGCACGUCAUAUAGCUCGACGAGCUGAUCCCAGCAGCGAUGGGGCCUCGUUCGGCUCGACGAAAUCCCCGCUCGCGAAUAUAAACGUGCUGGAAUUGGGAAGCGGGACAGGUCUGGUGGGACUCGUCGCUGCGUUGCUGGGAGCGAAACACGUAUGGAUUACGGAUCAAACGCCAUUACUCCCAAUCAUGCAGCGAAAUAUCGAAUUGAAUGGCCUCCAGGAUCGUGUAACCGCAUCAGAGCUAAACUGGGGCGAACCACUUCCUCCUAGCAUUCCCCAUCCACAGCUAAUCCUGGCCGCAGAUUGUGUAUAUUUCGAACCAGCAUUCCCUCUGCUCGUCCAAACACUAGCAUAUCUUAUUCCCGCGACAAAGCUCGAGCAAGGAGAGGAUCCAGAAGUGCUCUUCUGCUACAAGAAACGACGAAAGGCUGACAAGCGGUUUUUUGCCCUUCUCAAAAAACACUUCACCUGGAGCGACGUCGAAGACCCCGAGCACGCCAACUACACCCGCGACUCCAUCUCCCUCCUCCGUUUACACCGAAAACGGUAAUACCGAUCCCAUUAUU